GGGGAGCGCUGCAGCGACGGGAAGACCUACUCCAGCCGCCGCUGCCGUCGCCGGGCAGUGCCGGUGGCGUCCUGAGGGCAUCAGGACGUUGAGGAGGACUUCUACCUCGACUACAUCACCUCUGCAUCAAGCCUGCACCAAGCAGGCGAUCAUGUCCACUGCCGUGACAUCUUCCGCUCCAUUCCGGUCCGACACGAUCGAACCACUUACGGGGAGUAACUUCCCUCGUUGGAAGUCCCAAGUCGAAUUAUGUUUGGGUUGUAAUGAAUUUGACUAUGCCUUGAGGGAAGAAAAACCUGUGGCACCUGUGGCAGGUGUCACAGGGUAUGCAGAACUCAAGAAGGAGUAUGAUGUUAAGAUGGAAAAGUGGAAUAAGUCCAACCAUAUUGCGCUUCUCAUCAUGAAAGCGACAAUAUCGCCGGACAUUUCUGAAGCACUCCCUAAGAAAGAUACUGCUAAAGAUUUCCUCACUGAAAUGGAGGAGCAAUUUAAAGGCUCCGACAAAGUGUAUGCUCAUGAGCUUUUUGCUAAACUUCUUCAGAAAUACACUAUUGACGGAAAUGUUAGGCAGCACAUAUUGAGGGUGGUAAAUGCUUUCACCAAGCUUAAGGCUUUGGAGUGUUCUUUAAGUGAAGCCCUUCUUGUCAUAAUUAUUCUUGAGUCUCUUCCUGAAGAGUUUGAACAAUUUAAGGUCAACUAUAACUCUCUAAAGGAAAAAUGACCACUCUCUGAGAUGACCGCAAGGAUCGUCCAGGAGGAAGAAAGGAUCAUGAGGCAGAAAAAAGACCAUGUCUUUCAUGUUGGCUCUAACAAGAGAAAGCAUGACGGACAAGGUUUCCCUAAGCCUCAGAAAAGGCAAGUCAAGAAAGAAGGCACUAAGCCAUUCAACCCUAAGGCAUUCAAGGGUAAAGAAGCCGGUGGUUCUUCUUCUGCUCCUAGCAGCUCCACUGCUGGAGAAAAUGCUUGUAACUUCUGCAAAGAAGAGGGACACUAUCAAAGGGACUGCCCAGGCUUUCUAAAAUGGAUGA